AUGUGGAGCUCACAGAGUCGAAGCGUCGUGGCCCGCACCCUGGUCCUGGCGGGCCUCUGGCUGGCCUCGGCCGGGGGCCCCCUAGCUCUCUCGGACGCUGGGCCGCACGUGCACUACGGCUGGGGGGAGUCCAUCCGCCUGCGCCACCUGUACACCUCCGGCCCCCACGGGCCCUCCAGCUGCUUCCUGCGCGUCCGUGCCGAUGGCGCGGUGGACUGCGCGCGAGGCCAAAGCGCGCUCAGUCUGGUGGAAAUCAGGGCAGUGGCCCUGCGGAACGUGGCCAUCAAGGGCGUGCAGAGCCUGCGGUACCUUUGCAUGGGGGAAGACGGCAGGAUGCUGGGGCUGCUUCACUUCUCGCCCGAGGACUGUGCCUUCGAGGAGGAGAUCCGCCCCGACGGCUACAACGUUUACUGGUCCCAGAAGCACCGGCUGCCCGUGUCCCUGAGCAGCGCCAGGCAGCGGCAGCUGUACAAGGACAGAGGCUUUCUGCCGCUGUCCCACUUCCUGCCCAUGCUGCCCAGGAGCCCGCCGCAGCCGCAGCCCGAGCCCGCGGAGGACCGCCCGGAGGCCGACGCGCAGUCCGCUCCCCUGGAGACCGACAGCAUGGAUCCUUUCGGCAUCGCCAGCAAGCUCCGGCUGGUGGAAAGUCCCAGCUUUCAGAAGUGAGGCUCUGGCCUUGCC